UUUUGAUCUGUUUGUGUACGUUGGUGGUUACUGGUCAGAAGAGGGAUUAUAUUACGGUGGAGAGGCACAUAUGGUGGAUAACAUGAAGAAAGUUUCUUGGUUUCCUCCUGAAACGCCUGGUAAAAAGGAAGACAUAGAGGAUGAUGAGACAUUAAGAAGAAAGGUGUUGCAUUAUGCUUUGAGUUCAGGAGCUAUGACACUUUAUAUAGUUCGGGAAGAUGAUCUUUAUAUUGGUAGGCAUUUUGGCAUCAAUGUUGUGCGUUUGUCAGAUGAGAUUGCAGACAGCGAUAGUAGUAGUUCAGAUUCAGAAGGUGAUGAUGUUGUCGAGGAAGAAUCAGAAGAAGAAGAGCAGCAUGAUUCUAGUAGUGAAACUGAUUUGGCUGAGGUUGGAGUGCAAGUUGAUGAGAGUAAAUGUCGUAAUUUUAGGUUGGGGCAAGAAUACAGCUCAAUUGAAUCUUUCAAGAGUGCCAUUACUCGAUAUGCAGUGAGAAAGAGGAGAGCCCUCAAGUAUGAGAAGUCAGAUAGUAAGCGUGUAGUAGUAAUUUGCUCAGAUAAGGCAUGUCCAUGGAGAAUCUCUGCGUUUAUCAACAGCAGCAGUAUUAGAGUAGUUGUCAGGGCUUUCAACGAUGAGCAUGAUUGCACUUGGCAAGGAAAGGCUGCUUAUAACGAUUUAAAAAUAUAUGUUUACUGUCCAUGGUCAAUUGAGUUUUCUAAGUGUGAUGCAGUUGAAAAUAAUUUAGGAGAAUUAUUCAAAGCAGCUAUUCGAAUUGCAAGGACAAAACCUGUGGUCGAGAUGCUUGAAGAUAUUAGGCAAUGUAAACGGUUGGAGGCAGAGAAGGCAAAAGGAGAUUACACUCCUAGAGCAAAAGCUUUGUUGGAGCAGCAGAUCCACAAAAUAAAGGAUUGUAUCCCUUUAAGUUGUGGUAUGGGAGAGUUCGUAGUGAUGAUGAGAGGUGAUAUCAGUUGUGGCUGCAGGAUGUAUAAGGUCAGUGGUAUCCCUUGCUACCAUAUCAUUUCUGCUCUGUGUAUGGGGAGACAAGCUGAUCAAGAUCCGAAGACUCUUCUUUCUCAUUGGUUCACCGUACAAAAGUUAAGGAGCUGCUACGCUUAUCCAUUGAAGGCGGUUGGGGGCAUGAACAUGUGGGAUAAGUCCGAUGUGAGGAUUAAUCCGCCUCCAUAUAAGAAGCCUCCAAGGAGACCUCCAGGGAAGAAGAGGAAGAGAGAAGUUGGUGAAGCAAGACCAGGAAUGCUUCCGAAGAGAGGAAUUAAGAUUCAUUGUGACCUCUGUAGACAAGACGGACACAACAUGUUAUAUUGUGAGAGUCUACCUGUCGAGGGGCCGCCAAAGAACCCAUGUGGGAGGCCAAGGAUAAGACCGAUUACAUCUUCUCAAAUGCCGGUUAUAUCUGCAUCAUCUUCUCAAGCACCUGUGAACCAUCUCAAGCACCGACGAUUUCUUCUCAAGUUGUUACACACAGCCAACCACUUGAAGAUAUUCCAAGCCUUUCAGCUGCUCUCCCAAAAAAGCGUCGGGGAAAACCUCGCAAAAGCCAGUUUGAUGGUGUUUCAACCUCUCAACCCAACCCAACUACUCGACAAGAACCUAUUUAUGACACCGGGCCACUACAUCUUCCAAGGGAAGGAGUUGGUCUCUUUACAAGCUCUUUGACUGGUGAUGACUAUGUCUGCAUUGGCUCACGUGUGACUGAUACAAAUGACAAUACCAUCUUACCAAGUACACUUUAUCGUUCAAAAGAAAAAAUUAGCUGCUCACAAUAGUUCAAGAGAGAAGAAGAAGACUACUGAGAAGUGAUCUUCGUUUUGUGUCUAAAACGGUUGAUUGCCAAACUCUGUUUAGUUAUCCUUAUGCUUUAGUUAUUGUUUUAAAACUUGCUUAUAUGUCGUCUUUAAAUUUUAAACUUGGUAUCCUUUUGAAUCUUUGUAAUAUCAAACUUGGUUUUCAUGU